CGGGGCGGGCGGCGGCGGCGGAGAGGCGCUCGGUCGCGCAGCGCUCCGGCGGCCGCCGUCAUGGCAUCCAAGUGCCCCAAGUGCGACAAGACCGUCUACUUCGCUGAGAAGGUGUCGUCCUUGGGAAAGGACUGGCACAAGUUCUGCCUGAAGUGCGAGCGCUGCAACAAGACCCUCACGCCUGGCGGGCACGCGGAGCACGAUGGGAAGCCGUACUGCCACAAGCCCUGUUAUGCGACGCUGUUUGGACCAAAAGGCGUGAACAUUGGAGGAGCGGGGUCUUACAUCUACGAGAAGCCCCAGACAGAAGGGCAGCCAGCGCCAGGCCCCAUAGAGCAUGCAGCCAAGGUGGAGGAGAAGAAAGCGAGUGCUGCCCCCAGGGCACCCAGCAAAGCCUCCAGCAUUACGACCUUCACUGGAGAGCCGAACACCUGUCCACGGUGUGCUAAGAAGGUCUAUUUUGCUGAGAAGGUGACCUCCCUGGGCAAGGACUGGCACCGGCCCUGCCUGCGCUGCGAGCGCUGCGGGAAGACCCUGAACCCCGGAGGCCACGCUGAGCAUGACGGGCAGCCCUACUGCCACAAGCCGUGCUAUGGGAUCCUGUUUGGACCAAAGGGAGUGAACACCGGCGCCGUUGGGAGUUACAUCUACGACAGAGAUGCCGAGGCCAAGGAGCAGCCCUGAGGCCCCCCCCCCCCCCCCCGCCCCGCUCAGCCCACCCGCACUGCACUCUCUUGACUAACCUCCUCGUGUGCGUAGAUGUAGUGGCGCCCGCUGCCGGCUCGGCGCUGGCUGUCGCAGGAGCGGACUGGGCACCUUUGCACUCUUUGCCGCCGCCGCCGCCUCCUCCGCAGGCCCGGGUCCUGCCCCUCCUGCCAUCACCCAGCCCCAGGCUGCCCUGGAGCGGCUCCCGCCCCUUCUCCCCCUGCCGUUCCACCUGUUCAGCCCCGGGCGCUCUGCACCGCCAUCCCAGAUGCCCUCUCCAUGGCUCCUUCCCGUCACACACGUCCGGACGUGGGCCCAGUUUGCUGCAGCCGUGUAAUGGCAGCGAGGCCGCUGGGCCAAGCACGGGCUGCUCCGCACCACCUUCUUAGGCAGGGCAGCGAAGGCUGGAAAGGAGCUGCUCCCGGUUUCCCCGCAGCGCCACAGGCGUGGCAUCGCGCCUCCUCCUCCAAGCCAGUGGCAGCGAGCGCAGCUGCGGAAGCAAGGCUGCGCGGGCGGGGAGGGCCUGCUGAGGAAGCCUGCCGGUGCCACCCGGGCAGGGCCGUUGCCACGCCUUGGCUGAGAGGGCGCCGGUGCUUUGGGUGGCUGCGACUUCCAGGCACCCGCACACCUGCACAGCUCCAGAGGAGACGCGGCCUUUCCUUGUGAGGGUCAAGCAGCACGUGUCAUAAAAGGGCAGAGGGGCAGAGACUUGUGGGGCGCGUUUGUGCUGGGGAGGCGUCGCUCUGCUUGCAAAGGCACCUGUUCUGGGGCUUGCUCCCGGAGUGCUUGAGGUUUAUUUAUAAUCAGAAAGUAAUGUGCUUUUCUGUUUGGAGAACGACUUGUUUCCGGCUGCCUCGUGUCAUUAGCCCAAGGGCAGGAGGGUCCCUCAUGCCAGCAAGACGCCUGCGGGCAGCUGCACGGGCUGCGCAAAGCGUGUGGCGCGCAGAGCGGCCUCUUCAACUCAGAACGCCUGACUCGCCUAAUUUUUGCAGUUAAUAAAGGUCUUGGACAGAC